AUGUCGCCAUGGUGGGUGCCUCAGCCACAUAACCGCGACGGCAUCGCCGAGGAUUCUCUCGGCCAACCCGCGGUUGGAAUCCUGUGUGAACGCACCGGAGGGGAGAGGGUGCAUACGGAUCCGAGAUCCGGACGCGAGCUUGGACGCGUGAAGAACUGCGCCACAGCGGCGCAGCCGCAAGAUACUGACAGCAGGGUGCAGCUGCGCGUCCGAUCAUCAGCCCUAGGGACCAUCGCCGAGGAGGCCUCGACUUUGUUCGUCUGCCGCCGUCGACCUUGCUGCCGCUGA